CGCCGGGGCAGUGCGGGGCCAGCGGGGCUCUGCGCAGCCGGAGCGCGGUCCCCCUUGAAGGCUCCCUGUCGCCUGCAUCCCAAAAACCCCGAGGUCAUUCUCUUAUUUCAACAGUUGAAUGCAACUUCACAGCUGGGAGAGAGUGAUUGUGAGGCCAAGACGGAAGAGAGAACAUUCAACAACACAACAUUUCAAAGGGAAUACAUCUUGCCAGCAUUUUGAAUACUUAUUUGGACAGACAUUUCUCCAAGGAAGACGCCACCCUCUGCCCCCAUGUCGCCGCCUUGGAAGGACUGACUGACUGCCGCAGACCGCGCCACUUCCCGCCCCCACCAUGGGGUCCGAGGGAAGCUUGCUGAUCGAGGGACAAGCACAGGUCAUCCUGCUGGGGAGCCUGGCAUCUGUGGCCACCUUCUUCCUCAUCACCUUCCUCCUCUUUCUGUGUUCCAGUUGCGACAGAGAAAAGAAGCCAAGACCGCACAGCGGGGACCAUGAGAACCUGAUGAACGUGCCUUCUGACAAGGAGAUGUUCAGCCACUCUGUCACCAGCCUGGCCACAGAUGCGCCCCCGAGCAGCGAGCAGAACGGAGCACUCACCAAUGGAGACAUUCUUUCAGAAGACAGCACGGUGACCUGCAUGCAACAUUAUGAGGAAGUCCAGACCUCGGCUUCAGAUCUACUGGACUCCCAGGACAGCACAGGGAAGGCGAAAUGUCAUCAAAGUCGAGAGUUGCCCAGAAUUCCCCCAGAGAGCUCAGUGGACACGAUGCACAAUGGGAGAAGUGCAGACGGGGAACAGGGUCUGGGGAUGGAAGGACCCUAUGAAGUGCUCAAGGAUAGUUCCUCGCAAGAAAACAUGGUGGAGGACUGCUUGUAUGAAACCGUGAACGAAAUUAAGGAGGUGACGGCAGCCGCCCAGCCAAGUCGAGGCCAUAGCGGUAGGUCGAAGUCAACUUCCGGUGUGAAAGAGCUUCCGGGGCCACAGGCCAACAGCAGAACAGACUUUGCCGAGUAUGCCUCGGUGGACAGAAACAAAAAGUGUCGACAGAGUGUCAACGCGGAGAUUCUUCUUGGAAAUUCAUGUGAUCCAGAAGAGGAGGCCCCGCCUCCUGUCCCCAUGAAACUCCUGGACGAAAAUGAAAACCUUCAGAAGGAAGAGAGUCAAGCAGGAGAAGAGGGAGCUGAGGAGGGGACCAGUGAAACCAACAAGAGACUUAGUUCAUUGUCGUACAAGUCCCGGGAAGAAGACCCAACUCUCACAGAAGAAGAGAUCUCAGCCAUGUAUUCAUCAGUGCAUAAAAAAGGACAGCCAGGGAACAAAUCAGGACAGUCGCUUAGAGUACCAGAGGCCUCCUACACCUCCAUGCCAGGAGCCGCUCCGAGGUCCCCCUCUUCCUGUAACGAUCUCUAUGCCACUGUUAAAGACUUUGAGAAGAUGCCAAAUAGUGUCAGCACACUUCCAGCAGCAGGCAGGCCCAGCGAGGAGCCUGAGCCAGAUUAUGAAGCAAUACAGACUCUAAACAGAGAGGAAGAGAAGGCUGCCCCAGAGACCAACAGUCACCAUGGCCUUUGCCCGAAAGAGAAUGACUACGAGAGCAUCGGGGACUUGCAGCAAUGCCGAGACGUCACCAGGCUCUAGCAGCCUGAAAGGACCCAGCUAGCAUAGGACCAGCCGGCAAAGCCAGAGCUGCUGCAGAAGACAAGAAGCGACGUCGGCCGCGCUUCAUAUACCGCUUUAGGAAAGGGAAGACGAUUGGAGGUGCCAGAACUGCUUCUCAGUUUGGGGAGAGAUGAGAUGGGCACCCUGCUGCCAGGGCACUGGCAUACCCAAGCACACCUGCGUCACGAAGCCACACCCUCUGGAAGGAUCCUGGCUGCCAGUGAUCUCACCCUCUUCAUGAAGAAAGCCAUGCAGUAAGGAAGAAUGAUGGCUCACCUGCCUGAAACACUGCCAUUCACAGGAGCUGGGUUUCUCUCCCUCUCCUUUUUGCUGCCUGCUACUGAUAGUAAAAUGAAUGGCAUUUUUCUCUGAAAUCUUCCAAUUUACAAUGGUUCGUUCCAAGGAUUUUCUCCCACCAGGCUGGGCCUUUGCCUUCAAGUGGGUGUUUUCCGUUGCUAAGAAAUUGUGGUUGCUAUUUCCAGUCUGCUCCCCAGCCCCUUCACAGAGCUGCACCUGGGAACCCGAGCCCCCAACCAGUAGAGAGCCCUGGGGACACCCCUUGAGUUUCCUAGCUCUUCAUUCCUUCUGAUUUGGGCACUCCAUGUCAGCAGCCUCUUCCAAAGUACUUGAAGUCAUUGUUAGAUGCUUUAUUUUAUUUUUAUAGUCAAUAUGGUUUUUCUCCCCCAGUGUUUGAAACUCUUCAGAGUCUUUUCAGUAUUUUCAGAGAAUAUCGUGGUACUUCUGUACUUGUUUUAGUCCAGCUCAUUCUUCCAAAACAGAGAGCCUUAAUCUCAAUGUUGGGAUACAGACCACGUGUUUGGGUGGCAGCCGCUGCAUCCAUCUCUUCCCAAGGGCUGUGGACUUGAAUGUGUAUUUCUGAUGAUCUUUGCUGCCACGCUGAUGGUGCAGGAGUUCAUACGUGAACUGCUCCCCUAAGGUAAUCUAUUUGAGAUUAAAAUAUAAACAUUUAUUUUUGUUAUAUAAAUUUAUAAGGUAUUUUAUGUUUAAUGCCUAAUUUCUAGAAACUGCCAGAUAAAAUAUAUAUUAACUAUUUUGCUUUGAUGUACAAUGAUUUAUAUUCUCAUUUUGAAAAGACACCAUGAAGCACAUAAGCUUGUACCAGUAGUUGUUAUCUUUUUUCUAACCAAGUGUUUAAAACAUGGAAGGUUUUUAAAGACGUGACUUUUCAAAUGGUACUUGGAGCUCUUGGUCAAAAAUCAGCUGACUCAUUGGAGAAACAAGUGGAAUAAACAUAAAUGAUCAUUUCCAAAGGUUUGUGGUGGGCAAUAGUGAAAUAUUUGAAAUGGUAAAAAUGGAAAGAGGAACAAGCUAUGACUACGGAUGACUGACGAUUAACCUUAUGAAAGUAUUAUGAUUCCAUUAAGGUUUAGCUACGUUUUUAAGAAAAAGGUGAUGAAUUCUGUAGCCUGGUGCUUGCACAUGUAAAUUGCCUGCUGGGAUUUUUUUUCCCCCUUCAUUUUAUAAAAAUCAGUGGCUGAAAUAACUCAGAUUGAGAGCUCAGCCUGGUUUGAAUUUAAUCAUCUCUUUAGAUUUUAUAAGGCCGACAUUGGGAAACUUGUUCACUUUUCAUUUUAAAAGGAACCUGGUUGAAGUGCUAUUUUGCAGUGUGGGCUACAGAAAAGAAGCUUUUCCUACACUGUAAAGAAAAAAAAAAGAGGCAAUUAUUCUGUACCGCUGUGACAUCUGCGACUUUUCAGAUUGAAUAAUCUUACUGUUUUCACUCAUUAGGACAAAGAAUGCAGUUGGGAGGAUGAAGCAUCUUGAAAAUUGUAGGGACCAGCUCCCGGGCAUGUUUUUUUCCAUUCCUUGCAUUCAUGGCUUGAUUUUGUGACUGCUCUGGAAUACGUUUCUGCAAUUGUAAAGUAGCUCAGUUGGGGUAAAUGGUUCGCUUGUUAUUUUUCAAUCAGCCUGAUCUCUCCAGUGAAGACUUUAUGUGCAUAAAAGCACAAUCAUCACUGAUCAAAAGAUCAUGGCAGAAUAACCUUGGAUCAGGGGGAAGUUUAUCAGAAAGGUGCAAGACCCAUACUCUCUGAAUUCAUCUCGUUUGUAAGCACUGCUUUGCCCGGUGAUUCUCAUGGCUCAUUCUGAAUGAGUCUGACCCAACAACCUCAGUAUGAUGGGGUUGCUUUGGUACCUGCUGACAGCCACAUCACACUGUUCACCUAGCCUUGUGCAUGCUACAGUCACAUCCUUUAUGAGCACCUGGCUGCUCAAAAGUUGCAGCUCAUGAUGUCUCACUUAUGACCAAGGAAAUGGGUAUGGUCUGUAAAGAGUAAAGCCGUUUCUAGAUAGGGAAGCCCUUUAUAAGUAGUCAUAUCAUCUUGAAAUUUCAUUAUCGGAAUUCGCCCAGAAGUUUCAAUAUAAGGGCUAUGCCUUAGGGCCGUAAAGUGUUCAGUGAAAUCUCUCUCCUGAUUGGAGAACCUGUGCUAAGAAUAAUUUGUGAUAUAAAGUAUUAAAAGGGAACUGCAAGGGCCUCCGAAACCCAUCCUGAAAGAGUAAGUAAUAGCACAAUCCAUGAGGACUAGGAGGUAAGAAAAGCAGAGUGGACUUUGGGAGAUGGCUCUGCUCUUUAGACCAUUAGGUACUUUACUGAAGUAUUUUUAUUGAUGUAGAUCACUGUUUUAACCCUUUAGUAUUUCAUAAAUUUCAUCACUUUAAAAAAAUUUUAUUGGUUGAAACUUCGUGCUAGAAUCUUUAGUUUGGAAGCCUAUGGUUUCUUUAAAAAGUUUUCAUCUUAAAAGCUACGUAGUUUAAAUGUAUGAAAGGUAAUUAUCAAGAAAGAAAAAGUUUACUGUAUCUUUAAAAUUCAAGUUGACAUCCAUAUUAUGUAUGCAUUGAACUGUAAUAACCUAGGUUAUUAUAAUCUUGCCUAGGAUCUUUACUUUUAUUCAUGUAUUUUGAAAGUUUCAAAGAAUUUUUUUACUGAUUCUCAGAUAUUGCCUGGCAUCAGGGAAGUAUAACCUGUUUUAUGUGAAAUGUUUGAGGAGAUUUUAAAUUCUAGGAGGAAGUUAUUUUUGCACAUAUCUUUGCCACAAAUUUUUUCUUCCUGCCCUUCAGUAAAUUAUAUCAUUAGGAUUAUUAAAGCUUUUGAAAGUACCACUCUCCUUUGAGGGAAAAAGGCUAAUUACUGAUUUAUCUACCCUUAAAAUCUGAGAGUUGAUUCUAAUUGAGUGCUAGAUUAGGUAGUUAGCAAAAAGAACUGAAAUUUAACCUCAGCACGUUACUAGAUCUAGCUCUCAUAUUUGAUUUUCAUUUUUUCAAAUUAGAACAUUUGCUUGCUUUUACCGGUAACUAUAUAUAUAGGGCUUCC